AUGAGCAGCAACAAAAACGGUUUGUCGGGCGGAAAAGACGACGACGCCGUCGAAGAAGAACCCAAGGUCGGUUUUGCGAGUGGUAACUAUGGCGCUGGAGCCGGUGGAGACGUGGGCUCGAAUACAGCGGGGCGUUCGGAAGAAGCUAGGGUUUCUGAGGUGAGUGAGGUACUUUUGAAUGAAUCUGGGGUUUCCGAGUUGAAAAACGAAGAAAACAUAUCUGGUGAUGCUUAUAGAGGAGCUUCGGAAAAUCAGGCUAGUUCUUCUAUGUUGACUGAUUCGCAGGAGGGUAAGCCGGAGAGUAAGAGACCUAGUGGUAUGGCAGCAGAUUAUGAUUCGCUGCUUUCGGGAUUUGAUGAGUUUGUGGCGAAAGGAAAAGGUGAAGCCGUUGGCUAUGGGUACCAAGUUGGUGACAUGGUGUGGGGCAAAGUAAAAUCUCACCCUUGGUGGCCUGGAUUUAUAUACAAUGAAGCAUUUGCUACGCCUUCUGUUCGGAGAACCAAACAUGAAGGCCAUGUGUUGGUGGCAUUUUUCGGGGAUGGUAGCUAUGGGUGGUUUGAACCAGCCGAACUAAUACCAUUUGAGAAGAACUUUGCUGAAAAAUCUCGGCAAACUCUCUCAAGGUCAUUUUUAAAGGCAGUGGAGGAAGCUGUGGAUGAGAUGUCUCGAAGAAGGGGUUUGGGUCUGGUCUGUAGAUGCCGUAACCAGUUCAAUCUUUGGCCCACCAGUGUAGAGGGUUACUUUAUUGCCGAUGUAGCCGGUUAUGAACCAGGCGCAGUUUAUUCCACGAGUCAGAUUGAAAAAGCACGAGACAGUUUUCUUCCCAAGGAGAUGUUUUCUUUCGUACAACAGCUAGCCUUGAAGCCCCUGACAGAUGAGUAUUGGAUGAUAGAUUUUAUCAAGAACAAGGCCUCGGUUUUAGCAUACAGGAAGGCCCAGUUUGAGGAGUAUGACGAGACGUAUGCACAAGCCUUUGGUACUGAGUUUGUACGCCCUACUCGGCCCACAAAGCCACCUGUUAUGGAUUCAUCUAAAGAUCAUUUGAGUGGCCGACUUGUCAUUGCAGAAGCUCUUGGCAAGGAGAAAAACUCUGCAAAACCUAUUAGAAUAAAGGACCAAAUUGAGAAAGAAAGGUAUCUAUUUAAACGACGAGAUGCACCAAAUGAGUUCAAGGCUAAAAAAGCAAGCUUGGUGCAAGCAGGCUCCUCUAGUCAGCCUCUUUUGGAAGAUGGGUUGCAUGUUACUGGAAAAGUUGAUUUUUCUGACAUGUCUGAGCAUGUGUGUCAGACUCCCGAGCCCAGUGUUUCUGAAGGCCUUGACCUACCUAUGAGUCUUCAGGUUUCUGCUGAAGAUUUGCACAAAAAGAAACUUCAGGAUGGUUGCAGUGGUCCCAAGAAGCUUUUGGACAAUGGAGCCAAGAGAGCAAAGGUACGAAAGCGUUCUGCUGGUGAAAUAAGCAUUGAGAAUCCAGUACUGACAGAGAAGAAGAAGAAGAAGAAGACAAAGAAAGAAAUGGGCAUUAGGGCGACCGCUAGCCAUGUGCAAAUACCCGGAGCAGCACUUGAGAGAGUUUCAGGAACAUCUGCUCAAGUUUCUUUGGGUGAAAAGUCUCAGCUUCCUUCAAUGGAAACAUGGCAGGCUGUUGGGAUAGGGAAUGCAGAGUUCGAACUCGCAGUGCUACUGAAAGAUUUGCAAGCUCUUGCUCUCAACCCCUUCCAUGGCGUAGAAAGGAGAAGUCCAGCUAUUAUCAGGCAGGUUUUCUCAAAAUUCCGAUCUCUCGUCUAUCAAAAAAGCUUGGCCUUGUCAGUUCCAGCAGAGAAUGAUUCAAAUGAAGCUCGUGCAAGUAAAUUACCUGCAACAAGAGCUCCAGCCAGUUCUGCCGAGACUAUCAAAGAGGUUGCAACUGUGAAGCCUCUUAAACCUCCAGUCAAGCAUGAUGGUUCAAACAAAUUUGGGAAGAAACGUGGUCCAUCUGAUCGUCUUGAAGAAAUUGCUGCAAAGAAAAAGAAGAGAUUUGAUGAUGUGAAAUCAUUGGCAGCAGAAAAGAAAGCUGCCCAGAAGGCUAUGGACAUUAAACGAGGGGACGUAAGGGAAACAGAUGUGAAAAUUGUAUUACCAAUACCCAAAAAAGUAGUUAAAUUGGAAUCUAGCAAGAGGAUAGAGAAGCAGCCAACAAGAGCUGCCGAUCGUACGAUGCUUGUUAUGAAGUUUCCACAAGGAGGAACACUUCCUUCAAUUGCAGAACUGAAAGCAAAGUUUGCUCGUUUUGGUCCGUUGGAUCACUCUGGUACUCGUGUUUUCUGGAAGUCAUAUACAUGCCGUCUUGUCUACCAUUCCAAGGUUCAUGCUCAAGCUGCGUUAAAGUUUGCUUCAGGAAGUAGCAAUUUAUUUGGGAAUACAAACGUGAGAUGCUCUCUCCGGGAAAUGGAAGCUGAGGGUCAAGAAUCUGAACGGUCCAAGGUUCAAAAGGAUGACUCAUCAAUGGUGGCCUCUCAACGACCUGAAGAUUAUGCAGCUGAGCAAAGGGUGGCUGCAAAACUCUCUUUGCCACUGCAUCAGCAGCAGCCUGCCCAGCUCAAAUCUUGUCUCAAGAAAUCUGGUGAUGAAGGGGGCAGUGGUAGUGGUGGUGGUAGAAGCACGCGUGUCAAGUUCGUAUUAGGUGGGGAUGAGACGCAAUUGUUGAGUGGGAAUGAGAACACCAAUGACAUUCCUUCUUUUCCCGAGGCUGCUGCUUCUACACAUUCAGUCAAUCUUAGUAGUAAGAAUUUUGAUGAGGUUAUUUCUCGUUCCACCAUUCCUUUGACUUCUAAUCAAUUUCAAGAUUUUCGGAGUAACAUGCCAUUUUCUGAGCAAGUAUCUGCAUCGUUUAAUACCCCACCCGCUCAACAUAUAACCAUCAUCCCAACAAACAAUGAUAUUUCACAACGGAUGCUUAAUCUUCUAAUAGAGUGCAAUGAUGUGGUUACCAACUUGAGGAUAAUUCUCGGCUAUGUGCCUUACCAUCCUCUAUAA